CUCCGCGGCCGCUCCCUGACCGUGGCCGCCGCCGCCACCGGCCGGAACCGGCGCGCCGCUGCUGCCCCCCGCACAUGCGCAUUGCGGCGCUCGCCCGUAGGCCCGGGCCUUCCAUCAGCCCGGGCCCGGGGCGCCUGGCCUGGGCGGCCGCCGCACGGCGGGAGGCCAUGGGCAGGACGAUCAACUCAUAUGUAGAGUGUUGUGAAUCUCUGAAGCACCUUAGCAGUUUGUUUCCCUCUUCCUAGAAGGCCAGGUGUCCCAGGAAAACCUCACUUGUCUUGGCACGAGAAUUAAGUGGCCUCAGGACCGGCAGUGGAUUCCUGACCUUCUGCUGAGUGGCUGCAGCACCCUUAAAAUGUCCCAAAGGGAGAAAGAAACUAGUGGAUGUCUUUGAAAGGCUGUUUGCCAUGGGAGGCAGUGACAGGCAGAGCAAGGGGAGGUCUCUUCCUUCCUGGAAAUUCAGCAAAGAGUUAGCGUUCCUGGGCUGUUGGAGCUCUUCCAUGUUCAUGGAUAAUAUUUGAUAUGUGCCCUGUAAAUCCUGCCCUGGGACUCGGUGACCGGUGGGGUGCCUGAUGCCGGUAAUCCCCAUUCCCCGCCGGGUCCGCUCGUUCCACGGCCCCCACACGACCUGCCUGCACUCGGCCUGUGGCCCGGUGAGGACCACUCACUUGGUGCGUACCAAGUACAACAAUUUCGACAUCUAUCUCAAAUCCCGAUGGAUGUAUGGAUUCAUCCGUUUCCUGCUGUACUUCAGCUGCAGCCUGUUUACCUCCAUCCUCUGGGUGGCACUCUCUAUCUUGUUUUGCCUUCAGUACCUUGGCAUCCGGAUCUUUCUGCGUUUCCAGUACAAACUCUCCAUCAUCCUCCUCUUACUGGGGCGAAGGCGUGUAGACUUCAGCCUCAUGAAUGAACUGCUCAUCUAUGGGAUUCAUGUGACCAUGCUGCUAGUGGGGGGGCUGGGAUGGUGUUUCAUGGUAUUUGUGGAUAUGUAAAUAAAACAAGCGCAUGUGGGCUCAGAAGGUGACUCUUCUUCUACCCCCAAACCUGUC